AUGUUCGGCGGCGACGGCUCGUUCCGCACGCUCGGCCGCUGGGAGACGGCCGUCGUGCUCUUCACCAACCAGGUCGGCCUCGGCAUCCUGUCGCUGCCCAACGCGCUGCGCAUCCUCGGCAUCGUGCCCGGCGUCAUCGCCAUCAUCGGCAUCGGCCUUCUGAGCACGUACACGGCGUACGAGCUGCUGCAGUACUGGCGCGCGCACCCGCACGUGCUCAACCUCGUCGACAUGGCCAAGGUCCUCGGCGGCCGCCCGCUGCAGAUCGUCGUCGGCGUCUCUUUCGUGCUCAACUUUGCGUUGACAUGCGCCUCGGCGGGUGUGACGCUGAGCAUCGCCCUCAACACAAUCUCGGAGCACGCCGCGUGCACUGUGCUGUGGAUUGGCCUCGUGAUGCUCGUCUGCUGGGCGCUCUGUCUGCCACGGACCUUCAAAUUUGUCGCCAAGGUCGGGAUCCCGUCGACGGUGUCGAUUGUUGCCGCCGUGCUCAUCACGACGAUCGGCCUCGGCGUGACGGGCCCGCAAGGCCAGCCGCCCGGAUGGGAGCCGGAGAUUGUCGUCGCGGGCAACCCGACGUUCCGCCAGGGCCUCUCGGCGUGCCUGAACAUUGCGUACGCCUACGCCGGCAACUCGGGCUUCGUGUCGGUGUUCACCGAGAUGCGCGACCCCUCGCGCGACUUCGUUCCGGCCCUCACGAUCCUGCAGCUUGCGUCGAUCUCGCUGUACGUCGUGAUUGCGAUUGCAAUCUACUGCCUUGCUGGCGACCUCGUCACCUCGCCGGCGCUCGGCUCGGCCUCGGUGACGGUCGCCAAGGUCGCCUACGGCAUCGCACUGCCGGCGCUGCUCGCGACGGGCGUCGUCUUCGCACACUGCGCCAUCAAGUACAUGUACGUCGUCGCCCUGCAGGCGCAGCACGCCACCCACGAGGCGACUCGCAACACGAGGCGCUCCUGGGCUACCUGGGUCGGCUGCGCCUCGGCGUUCUGGAUCGUCGCGUUUGUCCUCUGCAACGCCAUCCCCGCCUUUUCGAGCAUCCUCGACGUCUCCUCGGCGCUCUUCAUCGCGUGGUUCACCUUUGGCAUCUCGGCCGUCUUCUACUUCGACCGCCUGCGCACGCGCAAGACGUGGUCAAGGUGGGACAAGGGCCUGCUAAUUCCCCUCAAUGCCGUCAUCAUUUGCAUCGCGCUUUUCAUGAACGGCGCGGGCAUGUGGGUCGCUGUCGUCGGCCUGCAAGAGGUGUUCAGCCAGCCGGGCGUCGAGGGCCCCUUCACCUGCGCGGACAACUCGCUCUUCUAG